AUUUCGUGAAUCAAGAAACAAAGAAGCCUUUUAAAGAUGAACAGAGCUCCAGACAAGACGAACUAACUGUAAGGGUAAAUGAAGGAGUAUCUGCUACAACAACGAUUGGAGAAACCAUACCAGAUCAAAACACAGAGGGAACUUCCAUCCAUUGUCAGCCAAAUGGAAUCACUGGCAACAUCCCUGAAAACCAUCAACAAAACGAUACGGUAUGUGAUUCUCAAGACAGCGUGAACCGAUUCAAAGGAAAAGAAAGUCAGAAAGAUCAUUCGAAAGACUCGUUACGAAUUUCUCUUGAACACCAACCACCAACAGAAGCGAAAAACUGUUCUGGUACGGUGGAGGAAUCAAGGCUGAAAAAAAACGGAACGCCCAUGGGAACUGACGAAACCCCCACGCUAGUCAGAACACUAUCUGCCGAUAAACUACACCCAUACAUCGAAAAAACUUUAGGUGAAUUAAGCCUCGGCACCAACUCUCGGUAUGCAGAUACAGUGAUUGGUACCUUUUCUUCCCCACUGAUGACUUCGAUUUCGUCAGUGCGACAAAAUGACGAUUUGCCGCCAAUCCAACAGUAUGGUGACACAACAGAGACGAGUAACGUAAAUAAAAUGCCAGCUGUAAGGUCAGAGGAGGUAUCCCAAAAAUGUAAACGAAGGAAAUUCGGAACUAAGGUAGAGGUGGAUUUCUUCUAUCAGCGCGGCUCUGCUUUAGAUGCUCACGAAGACAGAGAGGUAGAAUUUAAGUCUCUCGCAGGCGCCAGCCCCGGGUCACUCAGAUGGAAAAUUAUGGAGAAGGCUAAAAAGUUCAUUUGCGCCUGCUUAAAUGCUGACAGGAAAGGUAUAAUAUAUUUCGGAGUGGCAGACUCUCAAGAGCAGGGCUCGAAGUUCCGACAUGGAGAAAUAAUUGGACUUGACGUUGAGAAUAUCAAAGACGAUAUCAAUAAAGCCUUCCAAGAUGUCCUUGAUCACCACAUAAAAAGCGAAGAUAGGCUGCUUCAGAAAGGAGGGGAACAAAAUUGUGUUAAUAUCUACUUCAUCCCUGUUAAGAGCACGCAAAAUUCAAAUGAUCUUCAUGUCAUAGAAAUUGAGGUGGCUCGAGACUUUCUUUACUGUAAAGAUAACGUAUAUUACUACAAAGUUUGGACCGAGAAGAGCGAGAGCAGGGACUGCACUGGCAAGACAGGCUUGCGAGACUUUUUCAAAGUAAAAGACGAGUGUGUGGAAGCCGCAAUUCGUACCAACGGUGCAUCUUGCUGUGUAAAACCAAAUGAAGUAAAGUGGCAAAUACGAGACCCCCUAUCUACAAAGUACAAGGAAUGGAAACGGGAUAUCACAUUUGGGGGCAGUGGUUUAACUUCUGAUGGUCUGAGCACCAAUGACGGUGACCUCCAGAAGUUCAGCACGAUAGUCAGAGAGCGUUUACGUGACCUUAACCUUCAAGAGUAUCGCUACAUUCUUGUUGCCAACAAGCUACCUCCUGAGUACAGAGGGACUUCAAAAUUAUCUUUUUUGCAAAACAUUCCUUGGGUGGCCGUAUUCGAUCUCUUCGAUGCUGCCUCAAAGGAAGAUGGCUUAUACUUUUCUUGCAACGAGGUGGGCGACGGCGCGCGUGCAAACAUCAAGACCCUCCACGAUUUUAAGGAUGUGUCCUCAGGUUCCAUUGGUGACAAGGAUUGUCCCCUUUCCUUGAGAGGGACUACUUGGAUUUUAAAGGAGCCAAAUAGAAUGGAGGAAGAAGAUUGGAUCACAUGUUCAAAGGACUAUUUGUACCGAACAUUGACUGCCUACAUGGAGAGCUUUCCCUCCGGGCGACUAAUGUUUGUUUUCCUUGGAUUUGCAGAAAAUGCCGUUCUCGAAAUGUCAGACAUCGCAGAAAGCUGCUUCAGCAUACUUGGUGAGGAAAUUGCCCGGAAAUCUGUCACCAUUAUAAGCGAAAAUAAAGCGGUCGCUGAUGCUUUUAUCAAGGCUUCUAGGUCACCUCUGGUUAGAAAACAACUUAGAGAAUGUUCCAUCACCGGAAUAUCUUGGGAUCUACUAAAAGAAAUUGUUAAAGAAAUGGUCGGACCUUUUGAGUUUCAAGAAAGAGGUGCUACCACAAAACUUCCCCAUAUCACCGGCCUAAAAGAAAUUCUCAACAAAGUUAUCAACUCCUGGGUUGAUCUUGAAGUCUACUGUCCAGAACCUCAGAAUCUAUUGCCACGUUUGACUAAGGACAUUGAAAAAGUCAGAGAUGCCUUCUACAAAGGUGCACAGUGUAACCAGGUAAACCUUUUCCAUGACCACAGCAUUCAGAGAACCCUGGAGGAGGAAAUAACUCGAAAGAUUGACCAAGCCCUAAACUCCCUCAGUGAAGCAAGAGGUGAUCGUAAUUGCUACGUCAAGACCGUUACUAUCCCCUACGAACCGGGGUCUGGUGCAACGACUCUGUGUCGGAGAAUUUUGUGGAAGAAGCGGAAGGCCUGCCGUUGUGCACUUGUCAAGGCAAUCACAGCCAGUACCGAGUUUCAGAUCAAAGAACUCCAACGUAAAGGUUACGAAAGGAUGAAGCCUAAUUAUUCACCUCCCGUUCUGGUACUUAUUGACAAUUUUCCUCAGAUCGACACUCAACGUUUGUCAAAGGGUCUCACCUCAAUGGAGACAAAAUGUGUCAUACUCUCCACCGUUCCCAUUGAAAAGUCAGGCCCUGAUUUAUAUUUUGACAUUAAGCCCCUGAAACAACUGGAUCCGAACGAAACGCAGCUUGUGAAGAACAUCUUAAUGAACAUUACUAAAGAUAGCGAGAAACGGAAGAAAGGCGAAGAGGUCCUUGAGCGCGAAAAGCGAUUUAUCUGGUUUGGGUUGGAGCUUUUUGGCAGAAAAUACGUCAAGAUAGAGCAACGGCUUCAGAAUCACAUCGAUAGUACUUUGGCCACCCUGGGAAGUUCCCAUUCAUUACACGAAAAGCUCCUCAACUUCUGCUGCUUUCUUCACUUCUACAGUAAUAGCCGCUAUAUCUUGCCUCAUCCCCUAGUGGUUGAUUUGCUUUACAAAGAGAGCAAUGAUGGCGAGGAAGAGCAUCAAAGAAAGGAUCUUAUUCAUGACCUGUUCGGAGGACUUCUCCUUGAAGGGUUCGACGAGACCCAUGGGUAUAGCGGUUGGCAACCUGCCCAUUACCUAGUGAGCGAAGUUGUGAAGUCAAGAAUGGAUGUUGAAGAAAUUGCCCUUCAACUACUGGAAAACGCAGAGGAAGGAGUAGCCUACGUGAACAAAUUUUUGAGACAGCAGCUCUUCCAGAUUUUCCUAGAUCGGAAGAGAAUUUCCGAACCAGUUUGCCUAUCGAAAGAAAGAGGAACAGAUGACGACAUUAUUGGUUCAGAUAUUGAAACCGACCCCUUCGGGUUUUAUGAAGUUCGCACGAGGUACUCCCCCUUGAUAUUAGACAUAAAGGCACAAGAUGAUGGCAAUCGCAGGACUUUAAAAUUUCUAAUUGCGACCUGCCGGAAGGCCAACCAAACAGAGUAUAAAGCAUACGCCUGGCAACAGCUGGCAAGAUUCAUGGGCUAUGAGAUGCGGUCCGAAGAACUUAAAAGAACCGAUAUCCUGCAUGAGCUCCUUUAUAACGUCAUGGUAGAAAGUGAAGUGGGAGAGAAGAGAUCUUCUAGACCUAAAACUGGGAUUGAAGCAGCGCACAUUGCUGUGGAUAUUGCUAUCAACCAGCAACCAAGCUAUAGUCAUCAUUAUACAACAAAAGGCGUUCUCUACGUUUUACAACUGAGAGAUUACAACGAUCAAGAUGGUACUAGUCUCGUGUCUCACCUUCCCGAUGUCAUUCACAUAUGCCGUAACGCGCUGGAAGUGUAUGACCAAGCAAUUAAAAUGAUGCAGUCACUCAACUACUACUCAAUGAUCGGGAAAAUUCAAGUGAUCGUAUUGCUGUUGAAAAUUGUAAAGGGCUUACCGUGCUUUCUUCUCGACAGUAACCUUUUAUCACGUUAUUUAAAUAGAGAAGAAAUUCCUAAGGGGAUGAAAGAAGUACUUUUGCCAGAUGACCAUAAAUACGUCCAGGGUCUCAGUCGAACAACUCUAGACCUACUGAACAAACUCUUCGGGGAUUUCAAAUACCGGCAGUUAACCACGUAUGAUGAAAAUGAAAUGAAUGGUAUAAGAAGUGCACUAAUAAGAGCUUGCAAGUUGCGGCGACAAUUCUACGAGAUUACUGAAUUUGACAGAAGCGACCUAGUAGAUGUUAAAUUGCCUUUGUCGCCAGUCUUGAAAGGAGCACCUGACCUCCUUCCACAGAUAGUGCAAGAUACUCUUUUCAAGCGCCGUGAGACAUUAUAUAGUGGGUGGUCUAACCUUGAUGAUGAAGUAGUUUCGUCAAUUUAUCGUCUUCUUAAGCCAGUAUGCUUGAAGGAUAAUGGGAAUCACGAUGACAUGGUGAUUUUCUCGAGGGCGUGCCUUCGACUGCGAAGUGAAGAAAAGCCACCAGUGAAAGAGCUCGAUGAUGUUGUACAAAACUGGGUACAGAGGUUUCCAGACUCAGAGUGGGCACACUUGUUUAAUUGCAUGAUCCACUUCCCCUUACCAAAUGGUAGUCUGGCACCGUAUGGUUCUAAAACAUUGGCUUCUGUUAAGGAAUGUCGUCGGAUUGCUCAAGAGAGAACAAGCUGGAAAGUUCGGCUUUCGGGGGCUGAAUACUUCCUUGGAAAGGGAAAGGGCCUUUCCGCAAUUGUAAGCAGUCAAAGGUUUCCUACUCUAGAGAGAAAAGGGAGGAACAAGACUCACUUCUGGAGAAGCAAAGAAGUCUCCGACGUACUCUUGCGUGUGAAGGGUCAAAAAGAAGCUAAAGGUAUCAUUAUUUAUCAUGGAAUUAAGCUUCGCUUUGACGACAUGCUCUAUCCCAAACCAAGCAGGGACAACUUAUGGUUUUAUGUCGGAUUUUCCGUGACUGGUCCGUAUGCAUUCGAUCCAAUAGACGAAGACACUUAUUCUACUAUCAAUGGAGACCUAGAAGAGAAGGAGCAGAUGAAUGAGAUGUCUACAGGAGAAUCAAACGCCAAUUGUAACAGUGUUUCUUCUGCCGUUAAUCAAGAUGGCAACGAAGCAAUUGACUCGGAGAGCAAUGCACAGAGAAAUUCAAUGUUGAUAAAGCAAGAGACUUUUAAUUUCACUGAGGUAACUGGUUGUAAACCGACUGACACAAAAACACCUACUAAAUACUAUGGUGAUUCUCAUGUUGCGCCUGGCAACAUGUCUUCUUGCGCAAAAUCAGAAGCCCCUCCUGCGACACUUCCGAAAGUUUCAGGUACAGGAUUUCGGAUUGUGUCCGACGAAACAGCCUCACCUUCGUAUGCAACAGCCGUUAAAUACGGAGUAGACGGAGAAAAAGAAUCAGCAGAAAGUCACAAUAGUCCAUCCGUAGCUGCGCCGGCUAAGUCCCAAACGGUCAGCAGACUUAAAACCGUCACGGGGAAACAGGGACAAAAGAAGCGCAAAUUUCAGCCAACAGGCAUUGAUGACAAAGGAAAGCUUCAUCAUGGGGUGUUGGUUCUUGGAGAGUACAAGUCCAAGGAAUGCAAAAUUCACACAAACCCUAGUUCCCAGCUUCACGAUAUCGAUCGCUGCACGUUUGCUCAUUCGUGGCGGGGGGAUACUUGCCAGUUUGUAUGUACCAAGUGCACGCAAGAUGAGAAGAAAGUUUGCCGACAAAGAAAGGAACAUAAGCGAUUUAUAUGGAACUUAGGCCCCUACCUUAACGAGGAUGGUAGGAUCUGGGAAGAAUCUUGCCCCUAACUGUAAAAUUGGCUCAGUCUCCAUGGAUUUUAAAUUUCUGCACUUUUCCUCAGCAACACGUUGAACGAACAAUUGAUACCAAUUGCAAUGAUCUGAGCUUGUUUACUGAAGUCAUGACCAAAGACUGAAGGAAAGCAUGUGCAAUUCUUAACUGAGCUGUUUAUACAGACACCUUUUAAUUCACUUAUUCACUUUUUUGUGCUAAUUACAUGUCAUCUUAUUCAGAACAAAUGCAGCGCAAUUCGCCUGGCUGAACUACCGCGUCUGGCCCUAUUUUUCCUUUUCUGUGUUCCUGCUAUGCGAAAGACUUGACCACCUGCCUCCAUCUUUACAGUCCUGCCGCCCUGGUCGAUAGGUUGCCACAUAUAGAAGUUCUGACAUCACUGGUCCAUAACAAGGCGCCGGGAUAAAUUCAGGUUAAACGAAAAGCUUUGUUAAGUUAGAAUUAGGCUGUAUAGAUGGCCCAGACCGGAAACGAGCUGUUUCUAGGUCAAGUUGCCAUUUACUAACGUCUCGUCAGACCAAAGAUCGCAAAAAAAUUGCAGGACAAAAUUGAGUGGCUGAUGAAGCCGAAGAAAAUUCCAAGAAGCCUAAAUUUCAAGUAAGCUUUAAUUAAUGCUUUCCGUCAGGUGCUAGGCAGGCAAAAAGUUUAUUCAAUCCGAACGUUUUUAUAUGGGGCAGAAUUUCUUAAGAAUAAUAAAGUUUAAUCAGAAAUCAA